ACUUCACCAGGAGACUUAAAGCUUGCCAAGCCACCUGUUUUCAUGGUCGGACAUAGUAAUCUUAAACUUGACUGAUUAACACCUUGAUGGACAGCGUCUCUCAUGGAAUGUUUUCUUAGCUUUUGAAGACUCUACUUCAGAAGCUCUGCUUCUGCAACACCCAAACAUGGCACUUAGUGUUCUGAGUCAGAAAGAGAAAGAAAAAGUCAUUCGCAGACUCUUAAUACAGGCCCCACCGGGGGAAUUUGUAAAUGCCUUUGAUGAUCUCUGUCUGCUUAUCCAUGAUGAAAAACUUAUGCACCAUCAAGGUGAGUGCGCAGGCCACCAGCACUGCCAAAAAUAUUGUGUACCACUCUGCAUCGAUGGGAAUCCGGUACUCUUGUCUCACCACAAUGUAAUGGGUGAUUACCGAUUUUUUGACCAUCACAGCAAACUUUCUUUCAAAUUUGACCUGCUUCAAAAUCAGUUGAAAGACAUUAAGAGUCAUGGUAUUAUUCGGAACGAGACAGAACACCUGAGAGCUGUUGUCCUAUGUGCCAUAAAACUGUACGUGAAUGAUCACUAUCCAGCUGGAAAUUGCAAUGUACUGAGAAAAACUAUCAAAAAUAAAGAAUUCUUGAUAGCAUGCAUCGAGGAUCACAACUAUGAAACAGGAGAAUGCUGGAAUGGUCUUUGGAAAUCUAAAUGGAUUUUCCAAGUGAAUCCAUUUCUAACCCUAGUAAGAGGAAGUAUCUUUGUGCAAGCUCACUUCUUCCGGUGUGUCAACCUUCAUAUUGAAAUCUCCAAAGACGUUAAAGAAACCUUAGAAGUCAUUAACCAAGCUCAACUGGCUCUAAGUUUUGCAAGGCUCGUGGAAGAGCAAGAGAAUAAAUUUCAAGCUGCCGUCUGUGAAGAAUUACAGGAGUUAUCCAAUGAAGUCCUGAAAAAAAUUCUACGAAGGGAUCUUCCAGUGACCCGCACUCUCAUUGACUGGCAGAGGAUUCUCUCUGACUUAAACCUGGUGAUGUACCCUAAGUUAGGAUAUGUCAUUUACUCAAGAAGUGUGAUGUGUAACUGGAUAAUAUAAAGGAUUUCUUCUGA